AUGGACGGGCUGCCCGGUCGGGCGCUGGGGGCCGCCUGCCUUUUGCUGCUGGCGGCCGGCUGGCUGGGGCCCGAGGCCUGGGGCUCGCCCACGCCCCCUCCGUCGCCUGCCGCGCCGCCACCGCCCCCGCCGCCCGGAGCCCCCGGUGGCUCGCAGGACACCUGCACGUCGUGCGGCGGCUUCCGGCGGCCGGAGGAGCUGGGCCGGGUGGACGGGGACUUCCUGGAGGCGGUGAAGCGGCACAUCUUGAGCCGCCUGCAGAUGCGGGGCCGGCCCAACAUCACGCAUGCCGUGCCCAAGGCCGCCAUGGUCACUGCCCUGCGCAAGCUGCACGCGGGCAAGGUGCGCGAAGACGGCCGUGUGGAGAUCCCGCACCUCGACGGCCACGCCAGCCCGGGCGCAGAUGGCCAGGAGCGCGUCUCGGAGAUCAUCAGCUUCGCCGAGACAGAUGGCCUCGCCUCCUCCCGGGUCCGUCUGUACUUCUUCAUCUCCAAUGAAGGCAACCAGAACCUCUUUGUGGUGCAGGCCAGCCUGUGGCUCUACCUGAAGCUCCUGCCCUAUGUCCUGGAGAAGGGCAACCGGAGGAAGGUGCGGGUCAAGGUAUACUUCCAGGAGCAGGGCCACGGCGACCGGUGGGACGUGGUAGAGAAGAAGGUGGACCUCAAGCGCAGUGGCUGGCACACCUUCCCUCUCACCGAGGCCAUCCAGGCCUUGUUCGAGCGCGGUGAGCGGCGGCUCAACCUGGACGUGCAGUGCGACGGCUGCCCGGAGCUGGCCGUGGUGCCUGUGUUUGUGGACCCAGGCGAGGAGUCGCACCGGCCCUUCGUGGUGGUGCAGGCCCGGCUGGGAGACAGCAGGCACCGCAUCCGCAAGCGGGGCCUGGAGUGCGAUGGCCGGACCAACCUCUGUUGCAGGCAACAGUUCUUCAUCGACUUCCGCCUCAUCGGCUGGAAUGACUGGAUCAUCGCGCCCACCGGCUACUACGGGAACUACUGUGAGGGCAGCUGCCCUGCCUACCUGGCAGGGGUCCCUGGCUCUGCCUCGUCUUUCCACACGGCGGUGGUGAACCAGUACCGCAUGCGGGGCCUCAACCCUGGCACGGUGAACUCCUGCUGCAUCCCCACUAAGCUGAGCACCAUGUCCAUGCUCUACUUCGACGACGAGUAUAACAUCGUCAAGCGGGACGUGCCCAACAUGAUCGUGGAGGAGUGCGGCUGCGCCUGACCGCAGCAGGGCUGCG